AUGUCAUCUGGAUUACAAAUAUUACAAUAAAGAUUUACUACAAAUUUUCGAAAGAAAUGAAAAACCAGCAGAGACGUGUGUAAAAAAUGAACAAUCUGUAGACGAAUCUACAGAUUCUACAUCGGUUUCAAUUUUCAUUAAAGAAGAAAAUGUAAAACAUAAAGAUUACAAUGUGCAAUACGAAGCUAUAAGUUCGAGAUGUAAUCUUUCCAAAAACUCACCAACAAAAAAUGAACUUGAAGAAGUUACGAACGGAGAAAUUAUGAUUCGUCAGAAUCAUUCAGGCAUGAAAAAACAAUCUACCAGUCAAACAUUUUACGAAUGUGAUAUAUGUACGAAGCUGUUCAGAUCGAAGAACUUGUUCGAAGGCCAUUUAGUGGCGCACAGCGACGCUCGACCCUAUCAAUGCGAUGUUUGUGGCAAGUCCUUCAAGAGAACCAAUACCUUAGCAGUACACAAGCGAAUCCACACUCACGAGAAAAACUUUGUUUGCGAUGUGUGCGGUCGCGCGUUUGUACAGGCUUCUCAGCUAGCUACACAUCACAGGCGUCACUUUGAAAAGUACACAAGGCACUGUGAGAUCUGCAACAAGGGCUUCUUCACGAAUGCCGAGUUGCAUGGGCACAUGAACGUGAAGCACGGCGCCAAGGAGCACGUGUGUACCGCUUGUAACAAGUCGUUUCCCAACAAUCAUACCCUGGUGCGUCACUUGAAGAUCCACGAUCCGAACUUCAAACCCAUCAAGCAUCAAUGUGAGUUUUGCGGCAAGACGUUUGCCUACAAGAAUUCGUUGGUGGUUCACGUCAAGUCACACACCGGCGAGAAUAAGUACGACUGUCACCUGUGCGGCAAGUCCGUCUCAUCCAAGGGAUCUCUUCAGGAUCAUUUGCGUCUGCAUGGCGGGGAGAAGUCUCUAGUCUGCGACGUUUGCGGUAAGGCCUUUCACAAGAGAACGACGUUGGUCGUGCACAAGAGGACUCACACCGGCGAGAAACCAUAUUCAUGCGACACCUGUGGAAAAUCUUUCACGCAACAUUCUACUCUGGUUAUACAUAAGCGAUAUCACACUGGCCAGAGACCGUAUCAGUGUAGUUAUUGCAGCAAGUCUUUUGUAUCCAGAGGAUUACUUAACGCACACAAUAAAAUACACGUGGUUAAUGUGAUGGUGAUGCAGCCCGCAUAAUUAAUAUGACUUGGAUGUUUAUUUGUAUUACACUCAAUUGCAUCUUGUGUUCAAAAUAUUGUGCAGUGAUACUAUUAAACUUAUGGAUCCAAGCAUCGUGACAGAACAAAAUUGCUAGUUGAACACUGCCAUUUUAUACUUUGACAUUGUACAUUUACAGUGCUAUACCACUAAAUAUUUUCAUCUGAAUCAAUACUUAAUGCGAUAAUCAUAAUAUUGACGU